AUGACUACUAAGGUGUAUUGUGCAGGGUUGCAGUGUGGUAAAGAAACUGAUUCCCAACUAAAAUGCCCAAUUUGUUUAAAAAAUGGUAUAAUACAAAUCUUUUGUGAUGAAACUUGUUACAAAAAUAAUUAUAAAGCCCACAAAGCUUUACAUUAUAAGAGUGAUGAUGAUCAUUCUCCAUAUGACCCAUUCCCCAAAUUCAAAUACACUGGUCCUUUAAGACCACACUAUCCGUUGACCCCUAAAAGAGAGGUCCCUGAUGAUAUUCCUAAACCUGAUUGGUCUCAAAAUGGUCUACCUAUCGAGGAACAAAGAAACGAUCGUUUAAGCUCAAUCCCCAUCUAUAAGAAAGACGAAAUUAAAAAAAUCAGAAAAGCUUGUAUGCUGGGAAGAGAAGUCCUUGAUAUUGCAGCAGCAGCUAUUAGACCAGGUAUUACCACGGACGAGUUGGAUGAAAUCGUCCAUAAUGAAACUAUUAAGAGAAAAGCUUAUCCCUCUCCCUUGAAUUAUUAUAAUUUCCCCAAGUCUGUCUGUACCUCUAUUAAUGAAACUAUCUGCCAUGGUAUCCCAGACAAAACUGUCUUGAAAGAAGGUGAUAUCAUUAACCUUGAUGUCUCUCUUUACUAUCAAGGAUUCCAUGCCGAUUUAAACGAAACCUAUUAUGUUGGUGAAAAGAUAGAUAAAGAGGCCAUCAAUACAGUGGAAACUGCAAGAGAAUGUUUGAAGAUUGCUAUCAAACAAUGUAAACCUGGUACCACAUUCCAGUCUCUUGGUGACUUUAUUGAAAAACAUGCCACUCAAAAUAAGACUUCUGUUGUCAAGACAUACUGUGGUCAUGGUGUAGGUAAAUUCUUCCACUGCCAACCAAGUAUCCCACAUUAUGCAAACAACAGAACUCCAGGGGUCAUGAAACCAGGUAUGGUUUUCACUAUUGAACCAAUGAUCAACGAAGGCACAUGGAGAGACGUCACUUGGCCUGAUGAUUGGACUUCUACUACUCAAGAUGGUAAAAGAUCUGCACAAUUUGAACACACCCUUUUGGUUACUGAACAUGGUGUCGAAAUCUUAACUGCCAGAAACAAGAAAUCUCCAGGUGGUCCAAGACAAAGAAUUAAAUAA